CCUAUAAGCUCGGAGUAUGACUGGUUUUCUUGGUAAAUAUUGUCGCUGAAAGGAUGUCCAGCACCCUUUCCUGUUUUUGUUUUUCAGUUCAGAGGAAUAUGCAAAUCAAUCAAUCGGAAAACCCACGCGCUGGUACCCUGCGUCUACCGUGCGUUUGCUGCUAGAUAGACGCGAACCAGUGACACAUUUUUAGCAGACGAGAGAGUAGGUGGUACUUACAAAUGGCCGACAUGGCGGACAGUGCAAGUGCGAGUGAGAUCGAAAGCGACACGGACAGCAUAAAGAUGUCCGUGCCCACGAGGAAAGAGGAGUUGUUGAACAGAAUUGCCUCCUUGGAGCAGGAGAAUAAGGUCUUGAAGAUUGAGCUGGAAACAUACAAGAUGCGCUGCAAGUCUCUGCAGUCUGAAAACCGCGACUUAAAAAGAGCGAGUGUGAAUAUUCAAGCCCAGGCUGAGCAAGAAGAAGAGUUCAUCAGUAAUACCCUCCUUAAGAAGAUCCAAGCUCUCAAGAAAGAGAAGGAGAAACUAGCCGUCAACUACGAGCAAGAGGAAGAGUUUCUUACCAAUGAUCUGUCCAGAAAACUAGUUCAGCUCCGGCAAGAAAAACACCAGCUGGAGAGAACCCUGGAGCAGGAGCAAGAAUACCAGGUCAACAAAUUAAUGAGAAAGAUCGAGAGACUUGAGAACGAUACCGUCUCAAAACAGAAGAAACUCGAAGAGAUGGUUCUGCCAUCCUGCCUCUACACUACAUCUAAAAUCCCCUUAGUGUCAUCAUUUUAUUUUAAUUUGAGAAGAGAGAAAGUUGAUCUUGAGAACUGUCUUGAGCAAGAGCAGGAGGCAUUAGUGAACAGACUGUGGAAGAGGAUGGACAGACUAGAGGCUGAGAAAAGAAUGCUUCAAGAAAAGCUGGACGAGCCAGUGUCUGCUCCAGCCUCACCAAGGGAAAUCAAAAACGGGAACACAACAGAAAACUUGUCGAUUUACGUCGACCAGCUACGCAGUGAGGUCAGGAAACUUAAAGGUCAACUAAUGUCAUCGCAGAUGGAACAUCAAGAGAGAAUGAAUCACCUCGUUCAAGAGGAACGAGAAAUCAAAGAAGAGAACCUCCGUCUACAACGCAAGCUCCUGUUGGAGCAAGAGAGAAGAGAAGCUCUUAGCAGGCACCUCUCAGAGAGCGAGUCCAGUCUGGAGAUGGAUGACGAGAGGCAGUUUAACGAGAUGGCGGUCCAUGGAAGCCUCAGACCUCGGACGAUAUCAAGCCCCAUCCCGUACUCUCCCAACCCUAACAGACCCAUAUCACCAGCGUUGCACACCACUUUCUCCCCUUCCUCGUCUCCAGCGAGCCGAAGUACGCCCUUUGCCGUGGGGCCACCCAGUCAUCCCUCCCCCAUCAGCCCAUUUGGAACGUCCCCACCAAUCGGACCAAGUCAUCUGGUACAUAUGGGCUCUUCAUCGCCUCAGGUCCAGAUGGGCCAUCCAUCUCAGUCCCAGCUUCAGAGGCACCGAGUUGCCGUGGCAACAGGAAGCAGCAAUUCAGGAAGUCACAACCCUGAGAAGUUUAUUAAGCCCUCUGCUCCGACCUCAUAGGAGGGGGCGGAGCUAGUACACCACCUUUAAGAGGGGUGGAGGUGAACAAAGGAAGAUGAAGACUCUAUUCUGAUGAAGACGGAAGAUUUAAUGGAGAUGGAGGAAUUGAACUCGUUAAGGAAACCCUCCGGAUGAGAGGUUGCCAUGGUGAUUGUUGCUAUGGAAACAGUGAUACAUCUGUUGAGAUAGUGGUAACUUCGGAGUUGCUUGAGCAAAAAUCAUAUCCCCAUUUGUGAUUAGAUUUCCUAUUGGUGUUGAAGUUACACCUCGAUCUGGAGUAAAAUGUUGGUUUCAGAUUUUGAUCCAGAUGGAUGCAUGCUAAAAGAAAUCCCAAAGCCAGUGAGCUUCGGUCGAAAUUUGUUCCACGAGUAAACUUUUUUCUAUGUUGAACUUUUUUUUGCAGUCGAUGAAAAUUGCAGUCGCUGAAAAUCUGUACAAAUUGUUUGUGUCGUUUCGACAGAUGGUUCAAUUUAGCGCAACAUUAAACGAAAAGAUCCUCCUGUUAAAGAGUUUUGUGUAUUUUGUAGAUAUCACUAGAUUGAUUUGGUUUCCUUCAGCUGGUGAACUCGGCAAAGGAACAAACUCAAGCCAUAAAUGUUUUAGAUAUUUGCAUAGAAUAACCCAACUGCAAGAUAAUUGUUGGCAUUGUAUAAAAAAAGUAUCAGUAGUAAAAACGCUUCAUAUUUUUGCAAAAACAAAUAUUUUUGCAUUUUCUCGGAUGGAUGACUGUACAUUUGAGGCAGAAUUAAAGUUUAUUCCAAACUUUGACAGACUUCUGUAAAAGUUGUGACUUUAAAAGUUUAAUGGCAAUUUGCUGUCAGUUUGAAAUAAUCUGGAUUCUUAAAAUGAUGAUAAAAGAUUAUAGAUAUUUAAGAGAAAAAAUUGUGUAUAUAUAUAAAAAAUUAUAUAAGUUUGCCUGAUGCUGAGUUUGUAAAUGUGAGGAAUUGGGGGGAAAAGGCAAGUGUGCUGAAAGAUUGUAGACGUAAUCGAUGACAUUGAAAACUUCAUCAACUUUAACCCAAGAAAACUUUUUUUUAUUAGUGUUACUAACUUUUGACAAAGUUAUAACUUAGAAAAAUUCUUCAUGAUCAUGAAGGGGCACAGCAAUUUUCCUCUGGUUAGGGGCACGCACCAGGCCAUGAGGAAAAUUAAAAUUUUCAUUGAAACCUUGCAAAGGGCACCACAGAAAAAGCACAGGGCACCACGGCAAUGGCUGUGGGUGCUGUGGGUUAAUUUGAGGCCUGUUGUAAUGCUUUACUCAAAACGUACGUCAGUAUACAGUGCAGCGUUGACUCUUUCUCUGCCAGUUUUCACUGUAAAACUGUAUACAAUUCAGAUUAAUUUUACUGGAAAAGAUUGAAACACUUUGGUCCUGUCUAUAUUAGUGGCUUCAGAGUGGCUACGGCUUGAAUGCUGAAAAAGCAGCUAACAGCCAAAGUCGCUUGAUUCAAAAAUGGCUUUUGUUUAAAAGGAACCCUGUCUUGAUUUUGUGGGGUAAAGGUGCCCAUUUUUUAUUGUGCGUUUUGAGAGAAUCGUUAAAAAUAAAUGUAGAUGUAUGUUGUAUUUAAGAUGGAAAUGUAAGUGCAAAAGAGUUUCUUAAAGCCCACAGUAGUGUAGCAAGGCGUCACAAGGGAGGACUGGGCAUCACUGGGCUGCAACUAAUGGUCCAAAUGGGUUCAACUGGGUGUUGAAGGGUUACUGAGGUAAUCUCAAUACUUUGCAUCAAUGUAUGAUGAAUUUAUUUUACUUUUUUUAAGAAAAUGAUUUUUGAUCAGUUCUUGGUUUUUGUUUUAUAAGUUUUAUACAAAAAAUGAAAUGAAAAUGUUGAACUCACCACGCUGAAGUGCUGUUCUAAUUUGUCUGGUUAGAGUUAAUAAAUAAAAUGGAUCAGUUCAGUACAGGCUGACAGUUUUUAUUCUUUACAACAGUUCACGUUAUUCUCCAAGAUAAUUAUUGUUAUGCUAAACAUUGUCCCUGAGAAAAUGUUACUUUUACAUCAUUAAUGCAAGUUCUGUGGAAAGAAAGAGGUGUGUUUUUAACACCUGCAUUAAAUGCAGUGUAUACUUUUGGUAAUUGUCAAAGAACAGUGCCCUCAAUUGGUGUAUCACACCAUGCUUAAAAUAACAAUCCUGUGUAAAUUUGUGCUGAAUUUGUCAUCGAAGUUGAAAGAAAAUAAUGAAGAGCAAUAGUUGUGUAGCAGUAGUCUCCCGCAGAGCCGCAGUAUCGUGAGAUAGUUAUGAGAAAGAUGUUUUGCUGUGAUUGCGACAGACUUUUAACGACCUGUCCAUAAUUUCGCCAACCAAUAUUGUGCACAUGCGAUACGCAAUUUACAUAAUGUCUUAGGAAGGGCCUGUUGUGUUAACAAGCUAUUGGACAAAAAAUUCUUGUUUGAAAUGAAAAUUGCACUUUUGUUAAGGUGUAUAAAAAGUGGCAAUGAAAGGUAACCUAGCUCCUAUCACGAUAUAGCAGUGUUUUGUAUAAAGGCAGAAGCGAUGGUAGAAGUUGCAAGCUGUUCCCAAAACUAGAAUAUUAGUGUAGAAAAAGACCAGCCAAUGGUACAGAAAAUGCCUUUGUGUUUUUCAGAAGUAAAAACAAACGUUUUAUUCAGUAUUUAAAUAAAGCCCACUCACAACAAGCAAAAUUUAACACACAAGAAGGGCAUAAUUCGGCCAGUCUGUAAAUCACUAUAGAUACUCAAGAAGUAUUUAGGACUCGUUUAUUGUAUAUUCUUUGAUAAAUUGUUCAAUCAAAGAAAACAUUGCUCAAAUUGUAAUUGUGGCUAAAAAAUAAUGUAUGGAUGUAAUAGUUUCAAGUUUAACAGACUGCACUGUGAAAAGGUAAACUUAGAAAGAUUCGUGUUUGGUCAACCAAAGAUUGAAUUUGCUCAAUUCCUUUUGGUUCGUACCAUAGAAAUAGAACUCGGACUGAGACUCCGUCAUAUUGUAAAAUCCAUUCAUUCCUGAACCAGUGUUUUCUGCAAUCCACAAUGUACCCUCAUCUUAACGGUUUUGCAGAUUGAAACCGUGUUUAAAUUGAUGGCUGCUGCUUUAAAAUAUUCAAGCCAGUUCGGUGUUUUCUGGCAAGCUGUAAUGCCCUUAUUUUAUCAAGUGCGUAGCCUUGUUUGCCUUAAGAACCGUCCAAGUUCCUAUCGAGCUAAGUGGUGGGGGGUUGAGUUUAAUUAGUCGCAUUCUUAACAUUUCUGCAAUUGUUACAGUGCCUAAAGAGUAAAGUACCAAAAUGUAAUCACUUUUGCAAAACGUUUCUUUGUGAAUCAGUGUAUAGAGAAGAUUGUCGUUGGUCAAAAUCCAUUAAUUUUUGUUUUCUUGCCAAUUUGUUGUUUCCAUGAGCUUUGGGGUGAAUCCAUAGUGAAAGAAGGAAACUUGUUGCAUUACACUUGUACCAGUCCUUGUUGUGGCCGUCUUGACCAAGAAAAUGAUCGAGCUUACUUGAAGCUUGAGAAAACUCCAAAGAUGUAAUAAGUUCCUUCAAUCAGUAACUUUUGGCUUUGUCACAGGGCGUUUUAAUUUGUGCAGUAUGUUACCAUAACUAUGUGGCAUUGCGUUUUCGUUCUUAUUCACACACUUGAAUGUAAAUGUAAUAUAAAAGAGUUCUUAAAACAAUAAAAAGAAGUUAAAAACCUGUA